UCAACCGGGCUGCUGCCCCUUCCACUCCUCCUGAUAUUUCACUACAUCAAUCCAACAACUGAAUAGCGUUCUCUGUGCUUUGAGAACCUUGAUACCCAAACUAGUUUCUUUUUUUGAUACCCCCAAAAAUACCAAUUUCAUAAUAAGAACUCUCCAAACCGGCUCCUGAACUACAACCAUAUUCAUCUGACCGCUCAACUCAACUCAACGACAACAAUUGACCCACCCAAAAUGGCCCCCAACGUCAACAAACCCACAGAUAUCAAGCAGAAGGAGGCGGACGUCAACCGCAAACUCCAAAUCUACGGCAUCAUCAGUGCCUUCAAGACGGGCAAAGUCCCAUCGAACGACCAGAUCGAUGUGGCCCUGAAUAGCUUCCUUGAGUCCAAGGCGCUCUCGAGCCCUUCUCAGAAGCUCUCGCCGGAGGGGCAGACACUCGUAGCCGACGCCAAGGAAGUGGUGAGGGAGGCCAAACAUCUGCUAUUGUCCAAGAACGAUGGGAACCUGCUGCAAGACUUCAUCUGGCAGACCCAACAGUUUGACCCCAAGGCUGUAUCGACUCCCGGCACACCCCUCAACAAAGAACAGGCGCAGCAGCACGGCAACCAGGCCCUCGACGGCCUGCGCACUCUCGGCACCCUGAUCAUCACAAAUGGCCAGUUCCGGAAGCUUCUCAAGGAUGCCACCAUCCUCCUCCGUGAUAUGGCCGGAGACGCCGCCACGAAUGCCGCCGCGAGGGUCAAGCCUAGCCAGGAAGACAUCGCCCAGCUCGACCACCCCGCCCAGGACAACACCUGGCAUGAUGCGCCAGAUAUGUCAAAGAACGGGAUGAAGGGCAGGCUGCAGGAGUAUUACAAGGGCAACCCUAAAGAGGAUGUGAGGGCCGCCACGGCUGAAGGUACAUCCAACGCCCACCCAUCAGGUUCCUCGGAUCCCAGAGAUUUGGCAUCCACCGCGGCGGACGAUCGCCAGACCGGCACCGCCUCGGGAGCCAAUGCAUUGGGAGGCGCGGCCACGGCCAAGGACGCCCUGAAGCGCAACGUCGAUGAGAACGUCGACGAGGAGACCAAAGAGAAAGCCCGCGCUAGGCGUGAAGAGUACCGGGAACGUACAAAGAACUACUUCUCCCGCAAGGUGCCGCAGGAGCGCCGGGAUCAAACCGUCUGGCGCCUCAAGAAAAUGGUUCUCGAGUGCCAGCAGCACCCUGAUUAUUACCAGGCUGUUCAGACACUACUGGACCUCGCCGAGGAGUACAGCGACCACGCCAACCGGCUAGCCCGGGGCGGCUCAGGCACCGUCAAAGACGCUCGAUCAAACUUAGUUCAGGCCGAGACCGACCUCAAGACGCUGAUCGAGCGGUUUGCCAACGGUACCUCCACGGACGAUCUGUGGUCCUCAAUCAACACCAUCUACGAAGAUGCAGACCGGGACCCUCAGCUCCGGAAUUGGUUCAAGGCUUUGAACCAGUAUAUCCGCCGCUGUCUGCAGGAGCAGGGCUACAUCCUGGAUGACGAGUCCAACGUGCAGUGGAACCGUCUGUACGACGAGGGCAACUACCUGCUCCGUGACAAGUACCGCGGCCAUACCGACCGCAUCGUGGACGAGAUCAAGUUCCUGGCCGACCAGUUUGACCAGGACCCGCAGAACAAGGCCUUCGCCGCCUCGCUGACCAAGCUGUUCACCGCCCUGGGUAACGACGACGACGGGAAGCCGACUUUCAAGCCUCACCUCGUCAAGGACCUCACCGAUGCGAUCCUUCCUGCAAUUUUCGAGAAUGUCGCCUACAUCCCGGUGCCGCGGAUCGAGUACUCGGACCCCCAGUUUGACGCCGUCAUUGAGAACCUUGUCCUCGAGAGCGACAACUUCAUGCCCAACGUGCUGGAGAUUGCUAGCGAGAACUACAUGCGUUUCGGCCGCAAGAAGAUUGCCAGCAACAGCAAGCACUCGGUCGAUGUCAAGGUGGCGGGCAUCCAAAUGGAUCUCCGGGAUGUCAGCUACUACAUCAAGCGCAAGCAGGGCUUCCCCUCCAUCACAGACCAGGGGGUAGCCAACUUCCUGCUCGCCGGAGACGGUUUCACUUUCCGCAUGAAGCUGUCGUCGCCGGACGAGCGGGACAAACAGUCCUUCUUCAAGGUCGACAAAGUGGACGUCGUCGUCAAGAACCUCAACAUCAAACUCGUCAAAUCGAACCACAAGAUGCUUUUCGGACUCUUCAAGCCGCUGAUGCUCAAGGUCCUGCGCCCUGGCGUGCAAAAGGCGCUGGAGAAGGCUAUCAAAGACCAGGCUGCGCAGCUCGACGCCAUGCUGUUCCAGAUCAAGCAGGAGGCCGACCGGGCGCUCGAGCAGGCCCGCGAGGACCCGCAGCACACGCCCAACAUCUACAACCGGUACAUGACGGCCGCCCAAAAGAAGGUGUUGCAGGGCAAGCAAAAGGCGGAGGGCGCCGUGGCCGACAAGAAGGUCAACUACGCCAUCACCAAGGAGGAGAGCAUCUUCCCCAACAUCCACCUGCCCGGCGGCAUCAGCUCCAAGGCUACCGAGUACCGCGACCUCGCCCGCAAGGGCGACAAGUGGGAGAGCCCCGUCUUCUCCAUCGGCUCUGCCGCCAAGAGCCGCGACCUCCCCGCCGCCCCCAAGGUCGUGCGCAAACCGCACCGGGCCGCCACCCCCGGCAGCGCGCACGCCGCGACUAAUGGCAACGCGCACUCCGCGCCGCUCAACGGGGGCGCCCUCAACGGGAGCACCUUGAAUAACGGGCCUGCUGUCAACGGUGGUGUAAAGGGCGCCGCUCCAAACGGCAACACCCUAGGUGUUAACGACCUGAACGGGGGCUUCAAGGCCCGCACACCUGCUUUUGACCCGAAUGCGCCGGCUGCUUAUUAAGGGGGUGCAAGAAGUUGGAGGGUUGCGGUGGGCGGAGACGCGGAGCAGUGGAUGAGUUGGGGGAAUAGCAAUACCCGAGAGAGGUGGAUGGGGGAAAAAAGUGUUUUAUACCCGGUUAAUGUGACGAGUUAUGAAUGGGUUGGGUUGUCUUUUAUAGGGGCGACGUCAAACCAGAUUGUUAAUUCCAUGUCUCGAGUUGUUGGUUUCGGGGGAUGGGGUGGUCUUGGGUGCGGUUGUUUGUCGAUUUGUCGUCGUUGGCAUCCUUUACUGUAUAUUAGUCUCCUUGACUGUAAUACAAUCUUGUAUGUUUUGCUAGCAACGUGUCAUAGGACAAAAAUGAUGUUAAAUGUCAUGAGUGAUUUCCUCACUAACACACACACGAACAG